AUGGACAUUGCUCGUAAGACUUUUGAGCUGAACAAUGAUAUCAGACCCCUCGAUCCUUCUGAUCGGUUGUUUGCCUACUCUCGAGAAGAAGAACGUGCCCUUGAAGAUAGUGCACCUUGGAAGUCAGACCCGAAUUACUUCCACACAGUCAAGAUAUCCGCCACUGCCUUGAUCAAAAUGGUGAUUCACGCUCGUUCUGGUGGCAUUUACGAGAUCAUGGGUGUUAUGUAUGGCAAAGUGCGAGAUCACACAUUUUGGAUCAUGGACGCUGCUGCUCUUCCCGUGCAGGGGACGGAGACAAGGGUCAAUGCGGGAAAUGAAGCUUUUGAAUAUAUGGUGCAAUACCAAACUUCAAACUCACAAGUCGGAAAGGACGAGAUGUUAAGAGGAUGGUAUCAUUCACAUCCGGGAUAUGGUUGUUGGUUAUCAGGAAUCGACGUUAGUACUCAAAGUACAAAUCAACAAUUUAAUGAUCCUUAUCUUGCCGUUGUGAUAGACCCCAACAGGACUGUCUCAGCGGGCAAAGUCGAAAUUGGAGCCUUUCGCACAUAUCCAGAAGGCUAUCAACCACCCUCAACCUCCAGCUCAGAGUAUCAAUCCAUCCCCAUGGACAAGAUUGAAGAUUUUGGAGUUCACGCAAAUUCAUAUUAUCCCCUAAAAGUAGAAAUCUACAAGUCAGCAUUGGAUGAGCAAUUAUUAGAGUUGCUAUGGAACAAGUAUUGGGUGGCUACCCUAAGUCAAUCUUUGCUUUUUUCCAAUCGACCAUACGCAACCUCACAAGUCAUAGAUUUGGAUCUUAAACUUCAAUCAUGUUGUCGAACAUUAUUAGAUAAAGCAGCUCGUUUAGCAUUGAAAGAGGAUGAUCAGAAAAGUGAUAUAAGAAGACUGGAAGAUAUUGAAACGCCUUUGAACAAGGCUCGGAAAGAUGGGUUGAGAAUCGCUACAGAGGCGCAAAACGGAAUGAUCGCUCAAGUGAUAAAAGACAAGUUGUUCAACACGCCUCUUACGCAUGCUUUGAGUGUUGAGGAAGCCAUGGACGCUGUGAGAGGGGUCAUGUAA